UAUCAGGGGACUACCUCACUUACCUUCUGCAAAUAAGCGAUCCUUUGAACCAAAAGCUUUCCACUUGGCUCGGAAGACUCGGAUCUAAAGUCUUGGAGCACAGCGAUGCCAGAGCCAGCAUGGUUUGUGCGCCAUCUUAAAAUGUAACUUGCUUCCAGCAGCCUAGAGUGAAUAUACUGCAGGUAAAUGUAGAGGGGUUUUAUGGUUUGUGUUGUUUUUUGUUUUAAAGUAAGAAGUUGUACGUUACAUGUCAACACUAUGGGUAAUAUAGACUAUCAUAGAAAGCUGCUUUGACCUGAGUACCAUUCUGGUUAUAUAGACAAAAAAUGUAUGUACAGACUGAUGGGUCAGACCUCUCCAAUUCAAAGAGCCCAGCAAGGAAAGCCUAUCCCUUAGCAAUAAGUUAGAUAAAUGGUGCUCAAGAGCUAGAAUUUUGUGGCUUUGUCCUUACUGAUGUCAGAUGGUCUUCCUUUUGCAUCACUUUCUGGACUUCUGAACUGAUGGCUAGCAGGGGUAGAAUGAGUAUAUCCUGCAAUGUUAAGAUAACUGUUUGACCAUGGUUUUGGUUUUUUGUUUUUUUUUUUUUUUUUUUAUCAUCCAUAGUGUGGUGUCUAGCUUACCAGUCAACUGCCUGGAGUUAUCCUUUACCCCAAAUACUUGGAGUUUUAAAACUGAUAUCAAAGACAGAACCACCAUCUUUUAAGCUCUGUGAUCUGAACUUAAACAUUGACCAUGUCUAUUAUGGACCAUAGCCCCACCACUGGAGUGGUGACUGUCAUUGUUAUUUUGAUUGCCAUUGCAGCCCUGGGUGCCUUGAUACUGGGCUGUUGGUGUUAUCUGCGCCUGCAGAGGAUCAGCCAGUCUGAGGAUGAAGAGAGCAUUGUGGGAGAAGGAGAAACCAAAGAGCCUUUUCUUUUGGUACAGUACUCUGCUAAAGGACCUUGCGUUGAGAGGAAAGCUAAGCUGACUCCUAAUGGCACAGAAGUUCAUAGCUAACUUAAAGCAGCAUAAUGUGUAUCUGGACUACAUCUGAGAUGUGUGUAACCAGCAGAAAUGAUACUGUGAAGGACUUAAACAUACACAUGCUGUUCUCCUCAGCAAACACCUUCUUGAGAUGCAGCAUGUGAUACAGCUUUGUUGGUUUGCAACUGCAUGCACUGAGAUAUUAUACUUUGCAUCAAUCCUGUACUUCAACUGCUUGGCUCUAGGAGCAGACUUCCCUGCUGUAAAGUCCAUUGCCGGCAAUGGACACACAGGGAUAUACUGGCAAGAAGUUAAUGGCAUUUUUGUUACUUGAAUGUUUAGCUGAGCCUAUUGAUUGAGCUACUACUGUAAUGUGAACUACUUGAAACUGUGAACUGUGAAUAGGCUGCCAGGAGUUUUGCUCUAUGUUCCACAGACAUGGAAGUGGUAUGAAGUAAACCCAAGUAGUACACACUUGGACUUCUGAGCCACGUCACGAUAGAUGGGAUUCCAGACCUUCAAAACCAAAUCUGCAGUUAAAGCUCGUUUCUACAAUGAAGUUCUGAGUGCAGAGCCAUAAAGACAGAACUGCCUGGUUUGGGUUUUGUUUUGUUUUUUAAACAGCUUAUGGGACUGAUGCAGAACACUUUCCUUGAAUGCAGGCAUGUCAUUUCCUUAGGGUGUCUGGGCAGAAAGCACAGGAACUACAAGGAAAAAAAAUGUACCUUUUUUCUUUAGGUAGAUUAAGCUAUUAGCUGCUAAUACUGUGAGUGCUCUUAACCAUGUAGCUACUGCAAGGAAGCUGCCAUAUUAACCAAUUCCAUCCAAUCUGGGAACUAAUGAUGGUUACUUAACUUCAUAGAUGGUCCAGAAGGUUUCCAGAAGAGUUAACAUGGCAGCAGAGCAGAUCUUUCCCUUCUGUGAGUAAGCAUGUUAACAUUGCAGAAGUGGUUCUUUUUCACUAGAACUGGCAUAAAUGUAACUAGUCUGACUUUUCCUGUAACCGCUGUUUAUACGUGUACCUAGCACUGGGGGCAUAUGUAAACAUGAAGAAACAGCCUGUUGUAUAAGCCCUUUAGUCUAACAUGAAACUGUUAACUGUAGACUACAUAACAUAUUUUGUAGAUAAUUUUGUUUAGUGUCACUGUAGGACAAGUGAAGUCUGUCCUGUAACAACUAAACUUUGUGGGUGGGAGGGAAGGUUUUGGAUGGGUUUAAGUGGAGGGUAGCAGGGGUCUUCUUCAAGUCUGGUGCAGGUUGAAGUAUGUUUUUUUAAAUAGGAGGGCCUUCCUAUUUCCUACUUUCCCUUGAGGUUAACAAAACUGGUAACAGAUGCCUGACCUACAGAAAUAUAGACAGUAAGCGAGGUUCUAAACCACCAUCAAAAGAUUACAUUUAAAAUGUUCCACAAAUCCUAUGUAGACAGUGUUGAAAUAACCCUACACGUAGAUAAUUCCCCAGCUCUUUGCAGACAUAGUUCAUACACCAUUUGAGGGAUUUAAUUAAAUGCUUCAACUGUUAUUUGCCAGUCAAGCCAGUUCUGAGAUGCAUAGUGAACGAUCCUGUUCUGGGGACAAGCUGUUGAUGCAAAAACUCAACAUUUCCCAAUGGUGGAGGAAGUUUCAGACUAAAUACCAAUAAGUAACAACUGUAAACAUCUCUAAUAAUUACAAAAGUCUUUUCUGGCACGGUAGGGCUUAAGCCAUCUAUUCCAGAGAUUGAUUUGAUAAGCUUGUUGCACCCUGUUCCCAUUCUUAAUUGUGUGUGCAUGGACUGAGCUGAGGCUGAAAAAAAUCAGAAUGCUCUUUUUUUGCUAGCUAGCCUUUGCAGCGAACUAGCUCAAAGAAGUUCAGUGUUCCUGGACUGGAAGCUCUCCCAUUAGCCUCCAGUGCAGGGGUGGAACACAACUGCCUGGGAAGAGGGAAGAUGUCCUCAUACUCUGCUCCAAAGCGACUGGGUUUCAUUUUAAAACUCCAGAUUCUAAAUUGUUUGAGACAGUCAGUUAAACUAAACUUGUUUUUAGCAUCUCAAAACAACCCAAACUAAAUUCUGAGCAGAAAAGGGGAGGAGUAAACAAAGACACAAGUUUAAGUAGCCAAGAUGAG